UGUAUACAAUAUUACUAUCACUAUAUAAUAUGCGUUUUUGUUUUUCAAUAUUAUAUUGAAGUUAAUAAAUACCGUUAUCCAUUUUUUUAGUACAAGUCAUAAACUCUGGGUAGUAGUUUGAAAUUAUAAAAAAUAUGAAAGACAGCGUUGAAUGUAUUAAUAAUUCUGAUGAGGAACAAGACGAUGAGCGUAUAGCUAUAAAAAAAGAAUUGUCUUCACUAUCCUUUGAAGCUCUUCAGAAACUAAAGGAGAAAGUUGGGUCGAAAGUAUAUAAACAAGCUAUAUUUGGAGAAAAUAAAAAAGUUCCCAAUGCACCAAAAGUCUUUAAGAGAGAAAAUAAAAACAGGCCGAGAGAGAUGAGCUCGAAGAGGCCGGUGCCAAUGUUACAAGAGGUUGUUACUAUUAAGAAAAAAGAAAUUCGGGAUCCAAGAUUUGAUCCGUUAUGUGGCACUUUUGAUAAGAAGGAAUUUUCUGAAAACUAUGGGUUUCUCUCCAACAUUCGUAUAAAUGAUAUCAAAGCUAUAAGAGCAGAAUUGAAGAAAACAACAGAUCCUGAAAAAGAACAGAGUCUGAGAAGGCUAUUGCAGCGUUUGAAUGAUCAACACAAAGACAGCAAAAAGAAGAAAAAAGAGAGAGAUGUAUUACAAAAACAAAAGGAUGAAGUUGAUUCAGAUUUCAGAACUGGAAAGCACCCACACUUCAAAAAUAAAUCUGAGUUACGCGUCGAGACACUUGUUAAGCAGUAUGAAGAAUUAAAGAAGAAAGGCACAGGUCGCAUCCAGAGACAUCUUAAACGCAGACAACAGAAGAUUAAAAAACGUUCUUUUAGAACUCCAAUGGGAGAAAGUUGAAAAUGUUAAUUUAUGUUAUGUACAUAUGCAGUUAUUAUGCUGCUAAAAUAAAGUGGUUAAAAUAUA